UAUCCCUCCCUCCCUUUCUCUUCCUUCUCUUUCUCCUCCUCCCCAUCCCCUCCUCUUCUUCCUCCAAGCCACAGAACAUUCUGGACCCAGAUCUCACAGCCUGAGGUCAUGGGAAGUGAACCCCCACCCUCUUAAGGCUCUGACAGAACCUCUCCAAGGCCCAGCACCUCCUCCGCAUUUAGCCUAUUCUGCUAAGCUAGGAGCCCUCAUGGAGAGUCCCUCUUGCGCCCACCUUCUCUCCCAGAGGACCCUGGCAUCAGACCGUCCCCUCCCCCGGGGACAUUUCUCAACCCUGAUUAAUCACAGGGGCGGCCCCAGGGAGGAGGAAGGAAGAUCUCUAUGGCUUACCAUAAAGAAGGUCAGGCGCCCAGCCGCUGGACCUGCGCCCAAGGCCAUGAAGCUGGGACUCACCUUGGUGUUGCUCUCUCUGCUGGCAGGCCACUGUGGAGCCAACACCCGCGCCGUGGGAGCCCGGGAAUGCCAGCUCCACUCUCAGCCUUGGCAGGCGGGCCUUUUCUACUUCACCCGGCAGCUCUGCGGAGCCACGCUCAUCAGUGACCGAUGGCUGCUCACAGCUGCCCACUGCCGCAAGCCGUACCUGUGGGUCCGCCUUGGGGAACAUCACCUGUGGCAGUGGGAGGGCUCUGAGAAGCUGCUUCUGGCCAGAGACUUCUUCCCCCAUCCUGGGUUCAAUUCGGACCUCUCUGCCAAUGACCACAAUGAUGACAUCAUGCUGAUCCGGCUACCCAGGAAGGUCCAGAUGAGUGCAGCUGUGCAGCCCCUCAACCUCAGCCAGAGCCUGCCAACCGUGGGCUCCCAGUGCCUCAUCUCUGGCUGGGGCAGCGUGUCCAGCUCCAAAUUACAGUACCCAAUGACACUGCAGUGCGCCAACAUCAGCAUCCUGGACAACAAGCUCUGUCACUGGGCGUACCCAGGCCACAUCUCUGAGAAGAUGCUGUGUGCUGGCCUGUGGGAGGGCGGCCGAGGCUCCUGCCAGGGUGACUCUGGGGGACCCUUGGUGUGCAACGGAACCCUGGCGGGUAUAGUGUCUGGGGGAUCUGAGCCGUGUUCCAGACCCCAGAGACCCGCUGUCUACACCAGUGUAUUCCACUACCGAGACUGGGUUCAAAAAACCAUGGAAGAAAACUGAGUCC